AUGGAUCAACAUAAAAAUUAUUUCGAUGUUGUGCAAACAAAGGAGGCAGGAAAACUCGUCUUGACAGCGGUUCCCCAUCGCUGGGUUUGCAAUGGAUUUUUAAUGUGGCCGGAAAAAAAUGCUAACAAACUACGGAAGGACCUGAAGUCAGAGCCAACCAGCGGCUGGAGUAAAAUUGCAUGCAGCGUAAAAAGGAAGUAUAUCCCUUCUUACGAGGAGGCCGAAAUGGAAGCUGCUGAACUUUCAGGUCAAAACACAGAGAGUUCUGAUUCGGCUCCACGAAAGAAGAAACAGAAGAAGACAACAAAGGAUGGUUUGAGCAGAAGAUUUGAUUUCAACCACCUGGUUGCAGGAAAUGGUAACCUGAACACCGGAACGGAACAUACAGGCCCGCAGUCAAAUGUCACAUCGGUCGUCGAUGAUUCUCAGAAUCAUCCGGUUCUUGCUCGUAACUUGCUGUGCUCUCCAAGUGUAAACCAGGUAGAUGACAUCUUUUCCACGCAGCAGCCCGAUCAAUCUGUUUACCUGACAACAGGUACCGAAGCCGGACAACGGGCAACAGAUGAAAUGCAAGCGAUAAUGACGGAGGGUGAAUACGUGUAUUAUCAACAGCCCGUUGUUGAUGCUGAUUACAUCGUUAAUGCUGUCUCUGAAAAAAUCGAACUGGAGUGUUCAAAAAUACAGCAAGCAAUGCUUUCGGCAAUAGGAUCCAUGAUGGCAGCGUUCAAGAGUGACAUAGACGUGAAACUUGCAGCAGCUUUACGUGCUAAAACAAACCCGUCUGAUGAAAAUGACGAAAAGUUUACUUUUUCCCCAAUGUCAUCCACCGAACAGAUUAAUGAGCUGGAAAAGAACCUUGCAGAUGAAACCUAUUCAAAGCGAUUCAUCUCUUAUAUGAAAAAGGUUAUUGGUUACGUUGGCGAUAACUGCAACGGGUUGAACAUCUCCUACACGUUGGUGGACCAUUUUUUUGAACGUAAUGUCAUGAUGAAAUGUUCAUGGAGUGGCGCUAGUCGCAGUACGACCAUCAAAUUGGCUAUCAAGAAUUGUACCAACAUUCUGGAUACUUUUUUUGCAAUCGUCCAUAGUGUAAAUACCACGUUCUCCAAACAGCUGCUUGAGCAUUUUUUCAAGCAAGUGGCACGAAAUUCUAAAAAAAGGAGUGAAGCUAAGGGAUUGCGUCAACCUAGCAUUCAUCGUAGAGCGAAGAGGUCAAAUAACAAACUUGUUAAAGCGGCUGAUGCUUCGACCCGAAAUUCAAACAAAACCAGGAAAGAAUGGAUUUCCACAUCGGACGAUGACUCACAAUCAAGCAAAUCAUCUUCUAGUGAUGAUACAGAUAACGAGAUGCUAGUAAGCAAAGUGGAGGAAUGUGAGCUUCAUAUUAAUUCGACCUAA